AUGAUUGCGGGCGUUUCACAGAAAACCUCGUUUGUGAAUUUAUCGAUGACUUGCAUUCAACGCGCGGCUGCCCGUAGCUCGCCCCUAUCUAUACCUGACGUUGACGCGCGCGGUCUUAUUACCGCGGCGGCAUGGAAAAAAAAACAAAGGAAGCGGCGGCGGAGAGCGCGCGGCCUCGCGGAGAUUUAUGGAGGCGCGGCGCCGCCGGGGGCCGCGCCCUAG